AUGCUAUCAGUUAUUGCAAUAGUGAGUGCCUUUGCUGGUACCUUCGUUUCAUAUUGGAUCUACAAAGCUAUCUACAACCUUUGUUUCCACCCUUUGGCCAAGUUCCCCGGUCCCCGUUGGGCUGCUGCAUCUUACCUUGCCGAAUUCUACUACGAUGUCGUACAAGGUGGACAGUACUUCAAGAAGAUUAUUGAAAUGCACGAGAAAUAUGGUCCGCUCGUCAGGAUAAACCCCCACGAGCUCUCCUUCAACGACCCCUUCUUCUACGACAAAGUCUUCUCCAGCAGCGCCCAAAAACGCGACAAAGACCGGUACCAAACCACCCAGGGCGGCCUCCCCUCGACUGCAAUCACGACAAUCGACCACGACCUGCACCGCCAACGCCGCGGCUACGUCUCGCACCUCUUCUCGAAAAAAGCUAUAUCCUCACUCGAACCCGUAAUCCAAAGUAAAGUCGACCUCCUCGUUUCAAAGUUAAAACAAGCCCACGCCAAACAAGAGAUCCUGGCCGCCGCCUUCGUCUUCGGCGCCCUUACCACCGACGUCGUGUCGCACUUUUCCUACGGCGAGUCUUUCAAUGAGCUGUCUAAACCGGGUUUUCCGUGUGAACUUGUGAUCGUCAUGAGGGGUUUGCUGUUAUCGUACCACUGGCGUCGGUUUUUCCCCGCGAUAGAUGGCGUGUUGAAAAGACUACCCUCGCGGUUUCUCACAUGGCUGAAUCCCAAUCUCAUCGCUUACCUGCAGUUUGACUCUCGUAUUACACAAUUAUCCAAAGACGCGCUAGAAAAGAAUAGUAAAGCGCCGGUGCCGGAGAAACCGAGGACGCUGUUCGACGCCCUUACUAACCCUGACAUCCCGGUCCAUGAGCGCACAUUGGAACGAAUGAAGAAUGAAAGCGCGGUUGUGCUGUUAGCGGGGCUAGAUACUACGGCAAGAUUUUUGACGGUUAUGACGGCUUAUCUUGUUGAGUUUCCGGAUGUGUUGGCGAACUUGAAGGAGGAAAUGAGGGGGCUGGUGGAGAAGGGGGUGGAGAGGCCGAGUUGGAGUCAGUUGGAGGGGCUGCCUUAUCUGACGGCGUUUAUCAACGAGUCACUUCGGUACCGCUGUUACCUUACCGGACGUUUCGCACGCGUCCCUUUACAGCCACUAGCGUAUAAAGAAUGGGUUAUUCCCCCUCAGACGAGCGUAACUGCAAUGCCGUACCUCCUGAACAGCCACCCGGACGUCUUCCCCGAUCCAGACACCUUCCGCCCCGAGCGCUGGAUCGAAGCCAGCGCCAGAGGCGAACAUCUAGAGAGGUACCUAGUGACGUUUACAAAGGGAAGUAGGAUUUGUCUGGGUAUCAACCUUGCGUAUGCGGAGUUGUAUCUUACGGUUGCGGCACUGGUGAGAAACUUUGAGCUAGAGCUUGUAGGGUGCUCGAUCAAGGAUGUUGUGUCGUAUAGGGACUUUGGGCUGGGAUUUAAUAAGGAGUAUGAUUUUGGUGUGGAUUUUAGGGUUAAGAGGGUGUUGUAG